AUGAAAUCACAGCAUUUACAGACGGAUUCCAAACAGAACCCUUGGCUUGGGUGGCUAGUUUGGGUGACUACAGUGGCUUGGGUGGCUAGGUUGGUGGGGUGUGGGAGGUGGCUGGGUAAGUCGGGGGAGGGGGCUGGGAGGAGAGAGGAAGAAAUCUUUUUUUCUUUAUUUUUAAUAUUUAAUUCUACUUGA